UAGGUACCUACGGUACCGUAGGUACCGUAGGACCUACGCUAUUAUUCCCGCGAUUCCCGCGCCAUGAGGCGGACAGAUCGGGAAGAAACUUUGCUUACCUACGCGACGGAAAAAUCUAUCGAAACUGGAGAAAUCCCCUUAGAAGAGGUAAUUUCAGCAUCACCUUAGCAUCAAGAAGAAACAAUACAGGGAUGGGAAAAGCUCAGGGAAAAUGGCAUUUGUGUUUUGGUCGACAUACUUCAGGGCAAUGCAUCCGACAGACGCCCGUUUGGUAAUAAAGGCUAUGUGUCUCUCUACACAAUAUCCUAUCGAAUGUGUUCAAAUGCUGGAUUGUACGAUCACUCAAAGGCAUUGUAUGACAGGACCAAAGAUGAAAUCGAGCACGUCUUGCAGCACUAUGUAGUUCCCGAACUCAACAAAAAUAAGUAUGCAGAUGAAGGCAACGCCAUACUCAACAAAUUCUCACAUCACUGGGAGAAUCAUAAAGUCUUUGUCAAGUGGAUGCAACAGCUGUUUAGACAUCUUGACAAUGGCUACAUUGCAAAUUCUUCAAUCUCCACAAUUACGUCGGUGGGCUUAAAACUUUUUUUUGAUAUCGUCUUUGUUCAAUUUAAGGCGGAAGUUCGCGAAUCUUUACUGAAUGCAAUCGACACAGAGCGCGAUGGAAUAAAUAUCGACCAAGAUCUACUGCGUUCUUGUGUUGAGGUUUUUCCCGUCAUGGGCUUAUCUUCGAAGUGCACUACUUUGAAGACAGUGCAGUCGGCAUUGAACACCCAGCCUGAUCUUAGUGUCUACGAAUCUGAUUUAGAAAUUUCACUCUUAAAGAGGACCUCGGACUACUAUGCACGAAAAAGUAGGGUGUGGUUGGAGGACCAAACUACCCCUGAAUACUUGACACGGGCAGAGAUGGCACUCAAAGCAGAGCGAAACCGAGUUAAGCGAUAUCUCCACCCCUCCACUCAGAGUAAGCUACUCUGUGCCUGUGAACAGGAACUUCUACAAAAGUACAAGGGGCCGUUGAUCAAUCAUGAUCAAAGUGGGCUUAGAUCUUUGCUAGCUGAGGACAGAAAUGAAGACCUAAGGCGCAUGUUUAAUUUAUUCCGACGUCUUGCUGAUGGCCUUUCACCGAUGGCAUUAAUGACGAAGAAAUUUGUACAAAGUGAAGGAAACAAAUUGCUUCAGGAACGUCGGGAUCUUAUUCACUCUCUGAAAUCGAAAGGCAGAAAAUUAAGCUCAAAUGACCCAGAUUUGAUCGAUCAGCUCAUGACGCUGCAUAGUAAGAUGAGUAGACUUGUCCUUGAGCUCUUCGACAACGAAGCUCAAUUUCAGCGCGCACUACGAGAAGCGUUCCAGGAAGUCAUGAAUGCAGAUACAACUUCUGAUGAUUCAAAUGUUGAGUUGCUGGUUGUGCACACUGACCGUAUUUUAAGUGGGAAAUUGAAAUUGGAUGAAGAGGAGGUGGAGAAUAGAUUGGAGCACUGUAUUCAACUUUUUCAAUUUGUAUCAGACAAAGAUUUAUAUGCUGAACUGUAUCGAGAAAGGUUGGCAAAAAGGCUGCUAUCAAAGAAAUAUACCUCUAUUCAUGCGGAAAAAUCAAUGAUAGUAAAAAUGAAAACACAACAAGGAGCUCCGUUCACCACGAAGCUAGAGGGAAUGGUGAAUGAUUUUACAGUAGGCUCGUACCAGCUGUCGUUAUUUAAUUCAUUUUCUUUUUUGUCUUAGGAAAAGAUAUCGAUCAAACCUGGACCGCGCAUUUAAACAAAUUAAGAGCUGCAAACUUGCUUGCUAAUAGAACGAGAAUGGACUUUUCCGUUCAAGUGCUCACUCAAGGAUUUUGGCCCUCACAAAAGCAACGCGACCUGCAAUUAUCCCAUGAGAUGAGAGAUGCAAAAUCUGCCUUUAACACGUGGUACACAGAACGCCACAGUCAUCGUGUGCUAUCGUGGGUGUAUAUUCUUGGAGAUGUAGUUGUCAAAGGCAACUUUGGGGGGAGAUCAUAUGACAUGACGAUGACUACAUUUCAGGCCAUGGCUCUGCUUGCCUUUGCUUGCAAGAAAGAAGCGGUUGCCUUUCCUGAGAUUUGUGAGCAUAUGCAGAUAGAUGAACCGACUGGCAAAAGAGUUCUUCACUCCCUUGCGUGUGGCAAGUAUAAAUUGCUAGAUAAAACAGGUCAUCACAGAACUAUAAAUUGCAAGACAGACCUGUUUGAAUCAAACGCUAUAUUUUAUUCCAAGUUGAAGCGAUUUAAAGUCCAGAUGUCAAUGCUGGAUGGUGAUUUUAAGAGAAAAGUCAACGUGGAGAUCCAACAGCAGCGUGGGUUUGGUAUUGAUGCAACGUAA